AUGGCCGACGGCAAACUCAGGGCUGCAAUCCUGGUUGUAUCGGAUACUGCUUCUCAGGAUCCAUCCACUGACAAAGUGGGGGAUACUCUGACCGCUUCAUUUACAGCCGAGGGCUCAAACAGCUGGGAGCCUCCCGUUAUCAAGAUUGUGCCUGAUAAUGUGCUAGAUAUCCAGCGGACAAUCUGCAAUUGGACAGAUGGUCCAGAUUGGGUUAACCUGGUUUUAAUUAGCGGUGGUACGGGCUUUGCUGUCAAGGAUAAUACUCCCGAGGCUGUAUCGCCUCUCAUCCAUCGCCAUGCGCCUGGCAUUGUACACGGCAUGCUUGCCGCCUCUCUUAAAGUGACACCGUUCGCAAUGAUGUCUCGACCUGUUGCAGGUGUCAGAGACAAGUCGCUCUUGAUCACGUUACCAGGCUCUCCAAAAGGAGCCAAGGAGAAUCUUGAGGCUAUCAUCAAGCUCAUACCGCAUGCCUGUACUCAAGCGGCUGGAGCGAACUCCAGAGCUCUCCAUGCAGGUGGAGUCAAGAAGCUAGAAGCCGAAGCUGUCCCAAGGGCGCAUACGUCGCCUUCAGAACGACCUCAGUCUAACGACCCGAAUGCCGGGCCGAAUCGCCGUUAUCGCUCAUCUCCUUACCCCAUGCUCUCAGUCGACGAAGCUCUCAACCUGAUCAGCCAGCACACGCCAGAGCCGGCCGUCAUCGAGGUUCCCGUGACUCCUUCUCUGGUUGGUUCUGUCGUCGCCGAAGAUGUCUAUGCUGGAGAGGCUGUACCGGCCUACCGCGCCAGUAUUGUUGACGGAUAUGCCGUUAUUGCACCUGACUCGCCAACAGCCGGACCUAGUACGAAGGGAAUCUUUCCCGUAGCCUCCAUCACUCAUGCGAACCCAGGAGGGACGCUGUCGCCUCUUGAGCCAGGUACUGUCGCCAGAAUAACCACCGGCGCACCCCUCCCCCCCAACGCGAACGCAGUCGUAAUGGUUGAAGACACCAUCCUCGUCUCCUCUACACCGGACGGCCAAGAAGAGGCCACCAUCGAAAUUCUCACAGGCGACAUCAAACCUCUCGAGAACGUGCGCGAACCAGGCAGUGACGUCGCGCUGGGCUCCAAAAUCCUUUCAAAAGGCGACAUCAUCACAUCCGUCGGGGGCGAAAUCGGCCUCCUCGCAGCAACAGGAACCAAGACCGUCAAGGUAUACAAGAAACCCUGCGUGGGCGUCCUCAGCACCGGCGACGAGCUAGUCGAACACAACGACCCGAGCAAGCUCUACGGCGGCCAGAUCCGCGACUCCAACCGUCCCUCGCUUCUCUCCUGCUUGUCCUCAUGGGGAUUCCCCACAGUGGACCUGGGAAUUGCCCGCGACACACCUCCCGGGGAACUCGAAAACGUUCUCCGCGACGCCCUCCGCGGCGUAGGGCGGGCAAGCACCAGCGUCGACGUGAUCGUCACCACAGGUGGCGUCUCAAUGGGCGAGCUGGACCUGCUCAAGCCGACCAUCGAGCGCUCGCUCGGCGGCACCAUCCACUUCGGCCGCGUCUCAAUGAAACCGGGUAAGCCGACGACGUUCGCAACAAUCCCAUUCAAGCCAUCGUCGCCGACUGGCUCCGCACAGCAGGAGCGCGAGUCGAAACUCAUCUUCUCGCUGCCUGGGAACCCCGCUUCGGCGCUUGUGACGCUGAAUCUGUUCGUGCUUCCGUCGCUGCACAAGUUGAUGGGAAUGGGGCAGAGACAGACUGCGCCGGGAGUAACACCUGCUCUGGGGCUGCCUCUUGUAUCCGUCACGCUGGCGCAUCAGUUUCCGCUUGAUCCUAAGCGUACAGAGUACCACCGUGCCAUUGUCACUGCCUCGCGCUCCGAUGGCCGGCUGUAUGCCACGAGUACUGGCCUAGAGGGUGUUGGUCAGCGGAGCUCAAGAGUAGGAAGUCUUGCGAGUGCGAAUGCGCUGUUGGUGCUUCGGCCGGGACGUGGAAAGGUGGAGAAGGGUACUCUAGUGGAGGCUUUGAUGCUGGGAAAUGUGGUGCCGGAGGCGUAG